GCAGGGUUGCACCCAAAAACUGGCUUUGGCAGUCAAAGGCCACAAGCGCCCGCGAGCGGCCGCCGAAGUCCGGAGCCAUGUCUUGGUUCUUCGGCGGUGCGGAGGAGCAGGCAGUGGAGAUUGCACCGGUGGUGGAGGAGGAGAAGGAGAGCCGCCAACCAUGCGGGAGCGCAUUGCUGAAAACCCGGUGCCCUUCCAGGUGCUCUCCUGUGUGCUCAUCGUGAUGGGCCUCAGCUUCGUGGGCUGCGGGAUGCAUCGGCGAGAUCCAAUCCCCGAGUUGUGGGUGGAGCGGCCAUCGGAGGGCUUCUGCUGCUGGCGGGACAAGCCCUCGCCCUUCUACGCGGGGGACCCCUGCGCCUGUCCCCGAGAGCAUCGGGGCGACUUCCCUUGCCCCCCGGAGGGCUGCAGCGAGGAGAGGGUCAGGGCACCUGGCAACGGGGGGCUGGCACGUCAGCCAACGGCAAGGAAUUCUGCCACCGCUUCCUGGAGGUCGCCUCCUGGUGUCCCAGCGACCGCCCUCAGACCCCGGCGCCAUCCGCGGCGUCGCCCCAAGUGCCGGCGGGCUUCUGCUGCUGGCGCGACCAUCCGGUGCCGGGCUACUGGGGCGAAGCGUGCGACUGCCCCGAUCAGCACAGAGGCGACUACCACUGUCCUGAGGACGGUUGCACUGACUCUACUGGCGCAAGGUGGAAGCGAGGUCCCAGCGCGCCUUUUGCUAAUGUGGAGAGCUACUGCAAAAGUCUUCCGCAGAUUGCCGCCUGGUGCGAGACUCGGUGAUUCAUUCGCAGGCGCAGGCAACGGCAGCUUUGGGAUGCCUCAAGAGCAUGAGUAAACGGCA